AUGGAGGGAGACAUGCAGGUGUGCAGACACUGCCAAAGAAGCGUGGACUCUGCCCACUUCAUCCUCCAUGAGGUCCACUGUGUGCGGUUCCUGGCCAUCUGCCCAGAGUGCAAGGAGCCCAUCCCCAAAAAGGAGAUGGAGGAACACUUUGAGAACAUGCACAAGGAGGUUGAAUGUGCUAUGUGUCAGCAGAACAUGCAGAAGCAUUUGCUGGAGGUUCAUGAGACCAAGGAAUGCCAGAUGCGUUUGGUUGAAUGUAAGUUCUGUGAGUUGGCCAUGGCCUUCAGCAAGCUGGAGAGCCACGAGUACCACUGUGGCAGCCGGACCAAGCACUGUCCUCACUGCAACCAGUUCAUCCUGCUCCACGAGCUGGCCAGCCACAAAGACACCUGUCAGGGGAAACAGGCCCAGCCCAGAAAAGUCUCAGAGUUUGCAAAAUUGUCUCCGUUUGGAAAGCCAAGAAAUGCUCCACCAUCCCUUCCAAGUCAGUCUCCUAUAAAUCAAACUUUCACAGCAGAGAAAGAUGUCCGCCCAAAGACAAAAAACAUAAACAGGUUUCCUCUUUUUCCUGAAAAUUCAACAAAGCAAGUACGAAGAGGCAAAGGCAAACCCCUGGAUCUGCCUUUGAGGUCUGAGCUCAAGCCCAGAAACACUUCUCCUGUAGGAAAUGAGGCAGCCUAUGACAUUCUGAGGAGCUGUUCUCGGUGUGAUAUUCUACUUCCCCUGCCGACCUUAAAUCUACACAAGGAGAAAUGCCGGUGGUUGACAUCAUCAAAAAGAAAAUAUGUGAGAAAUUCCAGCUAG